AAAACAAAAUGAAGAACAACGUAUUAAAGUUUUACCAAAACAAAUACUAGUAAAUGAAGAAGAUGGAACUUCUAAAAUACUAUUUAAUGAAACAACUAACAUUAUUAGUUCUGAUAAUACAUCAAUUAAGAAGCGGUCUAGUGAACUUCAACUUGGCGAAAAAAGAAUGAAGCUUAUAAACU